AUGGCCCAACUAGAAACUGACGAGUCUCGGGGACCUUUCCUGGGUGUCGACGAGAUUGCCGGGCAGGCUGUCCCGCGGUGGAAGGAGAAGAUGGGACAAGGUCGCCGUUCCAAGUCCAGACUGUCACGGCGUGGCGUCUACGUGAUAUCGGCACUGGUGGUUCUCUUGCACCUGUCGGUCUCACUCAUCGUCUUCUCGCAACGGCACCCCUCCUCGACGGGCCGUGGCCGGUCGCCAUCCAGCUCCGCGGAGCCACAGUCGGGGAUCGAAGUGUCCGCGCCUCAGAGGGGGGGUUUUGAGAUUCUGCUCAACCCAAGGAAACACCGGUCCCGUGAGCAGGGAACCCGGAAGUACCGUUGGGUCGUCAGUCAGGCUAUCAUAUCCCCGGACGGUGUUGAGAAGGAGGUCUUUCUCAUCAACGGCAUAUUUCCCGGUCCCACCAUUGAGGCUCGCUCCGGAGAUGUGCUCGAGAUCGAGAUUCGCGGCGAUGGCCUGUACGGAGGCCUCAUCGUCCACAGCCCGGAGAAUGACGAGGCCGUCGUCUACGACUACGAUGAAGAGCUGCUGCUCAUGGUAGGAGACUGGUACCACCGAUCAUAUCAGGACGCUCUCGGCUCAUCCAUGAGCGUACCGAGCACGGGGGAUGAACCGGCCCCUGAUUCUCUCCUCAUCAACGGCCAGGGCCACUUUGAAUGCUCCAUGGCUGUCCCUGCUUCGCCAGCAGACUGCACCGAGGUGUCGAAGCCGUGGCUCAGUCUGGACAAGAAGCACAGCUACAGAGUGAGGGUCAUCAAUGUCGGCUCUCUGGCCGGCAUAUCGUUCUCGGUGCCCGAUUCCGAGAUGCAGGUCAUCCAGGUGGAUGGUGGGCGGCGGGUCGACUCAAACAAAACGUCCAACUCGAUGGGGGUCCUCUAUCCCGGGGAGAGGGUGGACUUUCUGAUGUCAUGGCCGGAAGCUGCCCUGGACAUGGACACGGAGCUCACGGUGCAGCUGGACAGAGAGUACUUUACGCGGCCCAACCUUGCCCCGACGCCCGACCAGUCGUUCGCCUUGACUGUAGAGGCCUCCACACGGAGACCUGCGAGGAGCAGCUCAGAGAUUACACAUUUCAACCUGUCGGGGAUCGUGGGCAUGCCCCUUUCGCGACUGCUGCCGAAGCCCCUCACGACAUUCACCGUCUUCUCUGCCAUCGAGAUCACGUCGCGCAAAGGCAUGGUGCCGAAAGGCUUCAUCAACCAUACCGCAUGGGUACCCCAGUCUCGCCCGCUCAUCACCCUGAACCCAGAAGACUGGAACGAGCAUCAGUUCGUCCCCUGGACGGGGGCCGAGCCCGGGUGGGUCGAGCUGACGAUAAACAACGUGGACGGGACAGGUUAUCCGUUCCACCUGCAUGGUUUUGACUUCUACGUGGUGGGAUCACACCAGGCGAAUGGUGGACGGGACCAUUACGACCCCUUUGAUUCCAAGAAGCCGCGAGGCGGACCAUUCAACCUGGAGAAUCCCGUGUCCAAGGAUACGGUCUAUGUGCCGCCGCAUGGGUACGUGGUGAUCCGGUUCAAGGCCGACAAUGAGGGCAUCUGGUUGCUGCACUGCGACGUCUUGUGGCAACAGGGGAGCAGCAUGGCAAUGGCGUUUCAGGUCAUGGGCAAGGCCGAUGAGGGUGUGACGGGGACAUGGUCUUCGAAUAUAGCCGGAGAUUACUGUGCCUCUAUAGACGGUGACGAUGCAUCGGAGAGUCAAUAG